AUGCCUGAGGAAGAUUAUGAUAUCUACGGCGAAUACGAAGCUUAUGCUGUCGGCAGAGCCAACCAGGAAUUCGAUGCAAGGGAAGAACCAGUGGAGGCUAUAACGACUGUAGUCGAACCCUCGACAGGUGAGAAACGGCCUCGAAGCGAUGAGGAGGAGGAAGAGGCAGAAGCAAAAUUGUCACCCGUUCAACAUUCGCCUCCAGCUCCUCACGUCCAGCCAAUCCAACAAGGGCAGGUUAGGACUGAAGGUGGCUCGCAUGGCAUGAACGGUAACUACAAUGCCGUUAUGCAAAACGGUAGUCAUAUGGGAGGCGGGACAGAUCCGUCGAUGAUGGGCUAUGAUGCACUGUAUAUUGGCGAUUUGCAAUGGUGGACAACGGAUGAGGACCUGCGUCAAGUUGCUCUUAAUCUCGGCGUGUCAAUCGAUCACCGUGACAUUACCUUUUCUGAGCACAAGGUGAACGGCAAGAGUAAAGGCAUCGCCUACGUGGAGUUCAGUAGUUUCGAAAACGCCAACGCGAUCAAAACAUGGUUCGAUAAUAACGACUUUCAAAAUAGACGUGCUACAGCAACUCUGACAAGUUCGUCACAAGGCAAUCCAUUCCGCACACUCCCAAAAGAACCACCGCCUCGAGACACCCGAAACACUCAGCAAGGAAACUCUAUAUCCACAUCAGGGACAAGCAUGGGCCGCGGCUCGACAGGGAACUUCCGCGGUAAUGCUUCCAACCAGAUUGGGGGAGGCAUGAUGGGUGCACAAGGUCGCGGGGGUGGUGGUAUGACGAACAACAUGAUGCGCGGUGGCAUGCCCGCAAUGAUGGGUAACAUGGGCAUGGGCAUAGGCGGCAUGAACAUGAUGGGAAUGGGGAACAUGGGAAUGGGCAUGGGUAUGGGUGGCUUCGGCGGACGCGGCAGCAUGGUUCCCCAGGGACCCAGAGGAGGUGGUAUGAUGGUAGGCGGGCGUGGUGGCAUGGGAGGAAUGGGUAUGGGCUUCUAA